CAAAAAGCCGCUUGGUACUAACUUAUUUCGUCAGUCCCAUUAGACAGGCACAGCCUACUACAUAAAGUAUUUUAAACGGCGCAGGGCCGCUAGACAUGGGCGUGUCGUUGUGAUGGAGCGAGUAGUACGUACGGAGUAAGGGUAUGCUGGAGAUUUAUUUUUAUUUUCCUUUUUUCUUUUUUCGUUUCUUAGUUCUUUCACAUCAUUUACUCUCCCCUCUCCGAACUUUUUCUCAUCUUAUUUACCACGGUUAUAUCGAGGAAGACGUCAGAUGGUCAAAAGUUAGCCAAAAUGCCAGCUACAGAAUUCGAGUUUAAAGAAAAAUACAGAUACCAGAAUGGUUUCGACUCAUACUUAGAGUCAGAAGCCGUGCCAGGCGCUCUCCCCAUUGCCCAGAACUCUCCACAGAAGCCUCCACACGGACUCUACGCCGAAAAGGUUUCCGGAACAGCCUUCACGGCCCCGCGCAGCGAGAACAAGCAGUCAUGGCUGUAUCGGAUACUCCCAUCGUGCGCACACCCACCGUUCAGGGUGAAGGGCCUGGCAGGGGAAGAGGAUGUCGACCGCCAGCCGCCCACGACCCCAGGCCAACAGCCCGAGGAUGAACACAGAGAUGAGACGGCACGGUUCGCCCCACCCUCGCGGCUCCGGUACAUCCCCAACCAACUCCGCUGGGACCCGUUCGACCAUGACCCCAAGGCCGACUUCGUCUCAGGCCUGCACCUGGUUGCGGGCGCGGGCGAUCCCACACUCAAGCACGGUAUGGGAAUGUUUGUGUACGCGGCCGGCAAAUCCAUGGACGCAAGCAGCGCCUUCUACUCCGCCGACGGCGACCUGCUCAUCGUCGCGCAGUCCGGCGUGCUCGACAUCCGCACGGAGCUCGGCUGGCUGCUGGUGCGGCCGCUCGAGAUCGCCGUCAUCCCGCGCGGCAUAAGGUUCCAGGUCCUCCUGCCCGAGGGCACAGGUCCGGCGAGAGGAUAUGCGCUUGAGCUGUACCAGGGCCACUUUGCGCUGCCGGAGCUCGGGCCCAUUGGGAGCAACGGCCUGGCCAACGCCAGGGACUUUCAGGCGCCCGUCGCCUGCUUCAGCGAGGACCACGGGCCGACGGCCUUUUCCGAGGGUCCAUCGGCGCCCAAGGGCGGGUACGAGGUGACGGUCAAGUUCAACAACACGCUCUUCGCGACGCGGCAGGCGCACACCCCGUUUGACGUGGUGGCGUGGCACGGCAACUACUACCCGUUCAAGUACGACCUCGGCCGCUUCAACACCAUCGGCACCAUCUCAUACGACCACCCGGACCCGUCCAUCUUCACGGUGCUGACGGCACCCUCAGACCACCCGGGCACCGCCGUGGUCGACUUUGUCAUCUUCCCGCCGCGGUGGCUCGUGGGCGAGGACACGUUCCGGCCGCCUUGGUACCACCGCAACACCAUGAGCGAGUUCAUGGGCCUCAUCACGGGCGACUACGACGCCAAGAAGGGCGGCAAGGGCGGCUUCGUGCCGGGCGGCGCGAGCCUGCACAACGUCAUGAGCGGGCACGGGCCCGACGCCGCGAGCUACGAGGGCGCCCGGAACGCCGAGCUGAAGCCCGCCAAGAUCGGGGCGGGGAGCUGCGCUUUCAUGUUUGAGAGCUGCUUCAUGGUCGGCGUGACCGAGUGGGGGCUACGGACCUGCCAGAAGGUCCAGGAGGGCUACAGCCUCGAGAGCUGGGGAGGGGUCAAGACGCACUGGAAGAGGCCCGAGGGGGCAAGUGCUGAUGGUCAUUUGUUGAGGUGAAUAGUGAGUGUCUGUUAUGGGCGUUUUUUUUUUUUUUUUUUUUUUUUUUUUUUUGGCGGGUGGGACUUUGUCUUCAAGUUCGGGUGAAUUUUUAUGCUU